AUGGGGAAGAGAAGUCGACAGAGAAAUAAGGAGCAUCAAAAUAAUAGCAAGCCUGGCGGAAGGGAUAGCAGGGACAAUGCUGUAAGGUUUGAUAGCUCAUCAUAGCUAACGGUAGCCGGUUAACUUUAGCAGAACAUUACUGUAUCUAGUUAGCUAGCUUCAAAUUACUGUAACGUUAUGCCAAGUCAAAGAGAGAUUUAUUUUCUCCCAAGCUAGCCAGCAACUUUCAUUUGAUUACUAUUGCACAACUCAUUGCUUAUCAUGCAUUGUUGACAUGCUUAACUAACUAGCUAUUGUAUUUUGGUCCCAGAUGUCUUUGUGCUGUCUUGCCAACUGCUAUGAUAAUUCAUUGGCAUGUCAAUGUCAGAAAACUCACCUCUUCUCUUACCUCCAUCCACAGCCUGUUCCCAGAUCUGUUAGUGUUCAUGAUAAUUUGGCCUGAUAAAGACAAUAGGGGGGUUAGUGAGACAGCAGACACAGGUCUAGGCUACUCUUGCUCUACAUCAGGAUCCACAAUGAUUAAGACUGUUGUCCAAAACAUCCUCUAUUAAACCUCUAAAUGCAUUGAAAGUAAUGUCCAUUGUGUUGUCCAUCUGUAGCCAUGCCAAGGAGAUCCUCCACUGUCAUUUUACAUUUUAGUCAUUUAGCAGACGCUCUUAUCCAGAGCGACUUACAGUAGUGAGUGUAUACAUUUUUCAUACAUGUACCUUCCCUGGUAACGUGUACACACACACACACAUACUAGUCCCCCGUGGGAAUCGAACCCACAAUCCUGGCGUUGCAACCGCCAUGCUCUACCAACUGAGCUACACUGUCUUAAGAACAAUUACUUCAAGGAGAUCCAGGAGGUUGUGAUCGACGGGCAGAAAAUAGAUGCUUCUCAGCCUCUGAGCUGGUACGAGCGCAUGCACGGACACAGAUACGAAUGCCACGUUCACGGGCUACUAGGAAACUCAAACAUUUCCGACUUGCUAACUGGUUGAACCCGGUACGUGUAUAACUACAACCAGUUAGCAAGUCAGACAUUUCAGAGUUUCCUAGUUCCGACUAGCAAGUGAACGUGGCAUUACAGCUGAUGACCCUUUUUGUGUGCGUGUGUGUAGGUACCCAGAUGAGCUAGUGUGGCACACCAACAUGAGCAGGAAGAUCCUGAGGAAGUCUCCUCUCCUGGAGAAGUUCCAUCAGUUCCUGGUCAGCGAGACUGUCAAUUUCCCCACCGACUAUCUCCUUAGCUCCUUAGUCCAGGACUAGGCUUAACCUGUGUCUGGGAAACCAGCCCUAAUGUUCAUCAUGUCAUAGCAACUAAACCUGACAAUAGAUGAGCUGCUAGUUGGUUUCUUGCAUAGAAUUAGGAAUUAGAAUAGUAAUUGAAUAGGAUCUUGAUGGUUUCUUAGCUGUAUGGCUUCCUUAUGUACUGUGGCGUUUCUGUCUCUACCUUGGUCUCUACAGGGUAACCUCAGCAGACAGGAGGCUGUAAGUAUGAUCCCUCCUCUGCUGAUGAAGCUUGAACCCCACCACAAGGUAAGCAACACACUGGAUGCCUCUCUGGCAAAGGCCUGCUCCCAUUUCUGACCCCCCUAAACCUGGGAACACCAUAGUGUAACAGUGUGUAUUCCUGUGGGUAGAUUAUGGACAUGUGUGCUGCUCCUGUUGAUCGAGAUGCUCCAUUCUGAUAUGGAUGUACCCUUCCCUGGCAAUGGAUGUACCCUUCCCCUGGGGGGGGGGGGGUAGAAGGAAUUACUUUAUCCUAUCCCAGGUAUUCCUUAAAGAGGUGGGGUUUCAGGCUAAGAGACUGAACAGCCCCUAUAUCAUGGUGGUGAACCACGAUGCCUCCUGCAUCCCCAGACUACAGAUAGACACAGAGGACGGACAGAAGGACACACUGUUCUACGACCGCAUCCUCUGUGACGUCCCAUGCAGGUAAACAAAGAGUUAACCUGGUUACCUGCUUAGGUGAGAGAGGGAGAAGUAGGGGAGAAAGAAAGGCCGGGGGGGAGAGAGACAAAAAUAAAAUCUGGGGUUUUGGUGUUUGACCGUCAGAACUAGACAUGAUAUCUAGACAGUCAGAUAUGUGGAGCUGUAUAAACGUCAUGGUUCUACCCUGUCUGUCCUAUGAUUUUUUUUUUUGUGUGUGUGUGUUCUAUGAUUGGUUGCUGCACUGGACAGGCUACUGCUUGUUUUUAGUAGGGGAACCAAGUGUGACCACAAGAAUGAGACUGUGGGUAAAGUAACUCUCCCAGGCCAAAUGCUGAGUCUGACUGGGCCCAUAAUGCCAAGGCCUGGACCCCAUCACUCACACACACAGACAGAGAUUUACUUUUAAUUUCUAUAACUUUUUUUGUUCAAACUUUUGUCUAUUUCACUUGCUUUGGCAAUGUAAACCUAUAUUUUAAUAAAACCCUUUGAAUUGAAUCGAGAUGGGCGACAGAGGGAUGAGUAGAGAGAUAAGAGGGAGGCGGCUGAGCAGUCUGAAACCACACUGUUGGAUUGCCUGUGUGGGAAGGCUGAUAUUUAGUUAGGGGUUUGUCAGCUUCCCUGGAUUUGUCUCUGCCCAAACAUUGUUUUUAAGUGUGUUUCCUAUUUUCUUAAUUCCCUAAAGCCAAGUAUUAUGUGUGUAUCUCCAGUGGAGAUGGCACCAUGAGGAAGAACAUUGUGUGGAAGAAAUGGACCACCAGCAACAACCUGCAACUCCAUGGGUGAGGCGAGAGAGCUAGUAACAUGUGUGUGUGUCUCCAGAUCCGUAUAGCAGUGCGUGGUGUGGAGCAGCUAACUGUAGGAGGGAGGAUGGUCUACUCUACCUGUUCACUGAACCCUAUCGAGGACGAAGCUGGUCAUAGCAACACUACUGGAGAAGAGUGAAGGUAACACACACACGCAUGCACACACGAAUCCAGAGUCUCUCUCACACACACACACACCAGUGAUAACUGCUUCUUCUCCUUCUUUGUCUGUCUCCAGGUGCGUUAGAAUUAGAAGAUGCAUCCGCUGAUCUCCCAGGGUUAAAAUGGAUGCCUGGAGUCACCAAAUGCAAGGUAUAUAACUAUUGGACCACAUGAGCUCCACCUCAUGCCUAACAGUCACUGCUAGCAGCUACAAGAGGUACUUGAUAGGCAUGAGAGUCUAGCCACUACAAUAUUCAUGAUAUUCCACAACCUUGUCAGUUUAUUGACGACAGAUUGAGACCGUUUUAUAUCUGAGUCUUUUGCGCUCUCUCCCAUCUCCUUCUCCCCAUCCACAACUACCUCUCACACAUACUUUUCUUUCUUUCUUUCUUUCUUUCUUUCUUUCUUUCUUAGUUGAUGACUAAGGAGGGUCAGUGGUAUAAGGACUGGUCAGAGGUGCCAGCCAACCGCCACACCACACAGAUCAGACCCACCGUGUUCCCUCUCACAGACACAAAGAAACUGGCCAAUAUGAAGUUGGAGAGAUGGUACACACACCUGCGUAUACACACAGGCCCCACUUUAUUUCUUUAGAAUAUGCCUAAGAUGUCAACUUUCAUGACAAUCAUGUACAUUUAUUUGCUACCUGUACACAUUCACCUUUCCACACAGCUGCUGACAGACAUAUCUGAUCCUAAAAUGAGAUUAUUAAUAAAAGCUAGACAGACUAUCAAAUCCCUGUGAAGGGUUGCUGGUUUGUGUUGAUUUGAUUUCUACCAGCAGAGGGUGCUCUUGGCUCAUAUUUCUGUGUGUGUAUAUAAUUUAUAUACAGUAUCUGUGUGUAUUCAGUAUGAGGAUCCUGCCCCAUCACCAGAACACUGGAGGCUUCUUUGUAGCUGUCCUGGUCAAGAAAGCCCCCAUGCCCUGGAUCCGAAGAUUCCCCAAGGUACACACGCGUACGUGCACGGGAACACACACACAGAAAAGCACACUUCACGCACACUCCACACACCUUUGGUUUCUUGUUAACACAAGCACAUCUCAGAUGGAACGCAUCACCGUCCGGUACCUCAUAUACCAGAGAGAAGUUCCCGUUUUUAAAGUUGACUAUGAUCCGUCUUUCUCCAUCUCCAGUUGAGGAAGGAGCAGACAUCCAGCUCAGUGCCCCAGCCAGAGGACUCUCCAGUGGGGAUCCCCCUCCUUGAGACGCCCCUGGAGGAUGGAGAGGAGGUAAAGGAGGCAGGAGAGGACUCGCCCAAAGAGCCAGAGGCAGGCGAUCAGACCAAGGAACCCAACGUGUGUGUGUGCAGGGUGGGAAAUAAACUUUUUGGUCCACCAGCCACUGUGGCAUGUAGAUAAGAUCUACCAACCACUCAGAUUUCUUUUACCUGCCAAAAUAUUUUUCCUGCCAUUAUUACUCCAAAAAGCACAAAAAAACAGAUGAGGAUACUUUCUAAAACAAGAAAAGUAUUACUAGUAAGAAGUAAUGGGGUAUAUCGCUUAAUUUUAUUUCAUUUUUGUGACCUGCGUCUUAACCAAUGUAUGUUAAAUCAUUUAGAUACAGUAGUAAAAACCGAUAAACAGUUUUACAACUGAACAUCAACAAUCAACAAAGUGCCUGCCCUGCCACAAAAUGCAGAGUGAUAAAGCUUAUUUAUUAUUAUAGUUCAGGGCUCUACGCUGGCAUAUUUUACAAAGAGUACAUUAUGUGUUCCUAAGUAGACAUGUAGAAGCACACAAAUAAAUCUAGGAAAACAAUUACAAAGUUUGAGUGUUUUAAUGAUAAGAAAUUACAAAAAGUUAAUGAAUAAAUGUUUUUGGGAGUAAUCCAUGCUCAAUCAUUAGGUGAGACAAAUGUUCAGCUGCCACUUUAAGGGACGGGCUGUUACUGUGGUGAUUUGUGCACUCCUCUGUGAUGGAAAAAAAAUCUCUGACUGAAAUGUCUUCCGAGCAGAAGACCAGUUUCCGCAAACUCAAAAUAAUAUUAAAAAACAACCUAGUAUGUGAACAAAACGAUGUAAUUGGCAAAGAAACACGAGGACAAAGUCACACUUUAGAAGCCUUUCUUGUCAAUUCGACCAACUUCUACAUGUGGGCUUUGGAUAAAAAUAAAACAAAGUUCCCGUAUGCUCUGUGUGACCACCCGCCAAUGUGGCUGGUGACAAAAUCUACCCACAUUUGGCGGGUGUUUAAUUUCCAACCCUGUGUUUGUGUGUGUGUGUGUGUGUGUGUAUUCUGACUCUGGUCUAUGUGCUCCAGGCCUCCUCCCAAUAAAAAGAUGAAGAGGCAUGGUUUUAAAGAAGACCCUUUGUCUUCCUCACUGAAGACGACCCUGUCUUCCCCCCGAUAGAGUGAAAGUUUUUUUGGGUCUCUGGUGGAUUGUACAGCCUAUGUAAGCAGCUGCUCGAUAUCAGCAUUACCUGUAUGGACAGGACACUGUUUUGACCAAGUGUAGAUAGUAUUACCUUUACAAGGUAAUGUACAUGGAACAAAAAUAUAAAUGCAACAAUUUCAACCAUUUUUCAGAGUUUUACAGUUCAUAGAGGGAAAUCUACAAAUCAGCUGGGCUAGACAAUUUGGACCCUUUCUUUCUAAAAUUAGCCGCCGAAAUUGUCGCAACCCCUAUUACUAGCCUGUUCAACCUCUCUUUCGUAUCGUCUGAGAUCCCCAGAGAUUGGAAAGCUGCCACGGUCAUCCCCCUCUUCAAAGGGGGUGACACUCUAGAUCCAAACUGUUACAGACCUAUAUCCAUCCUACCCUGCCUUUCGAAAGUAUUUGAAGGCCAAGUUAACAAACAGAUCACCGACUACUUCGAAUCCCACCGUACCUUCUCCGCAAUGCAAUCUGGUUUCCGAGCUGGUCAUGGGUGCACCUCAGCCAUGCUCAAGGUCCUAAACAAUAUAAUAACCGCGAUUGAUAAAAGACAGUACUGUGCAGCCGUCUUCAUCGACCUGGCCAAGGCUUUUGACUGUGUCAAUCACCGCAUUCUUAUUGGCAGACUAAAUAGCCUUGGUUUCUCAACUGACUGCCUCGCCUGGUUCACCAACUACUUUUCAGAUAGAGUUCAAUGUGUCAAAUCGGAGGGCCUGUUGUCUGGACCUCUGGCAGUCUCUAUGGGGGUGCCACAGGGUUCAAUUCUCGGGCCGACUCUAUUCUCUGUGUAUAUCAAUGAUGUCGCUCUUGCUGCUGGUGACUCAGAUCCACCUCUACGCAGACGACACCAUUUUGUAUACAUCUGGCCCUUCAUUGGAUACUGUGUUAACAAACCUCCAAACAAGCUUCAAUGCCAUACAACACUACUUCUGUGGCCUCCAACUGCUCUUAAACGCUAGUAAAACUAAAUGCAUGCUCUUCAUUUGAACGCUGCUUGCACCCGCCCGCCCGACUAGAAUCACUACUCUCGGCGGGUCUGACUUAGAAUAUGUGGACAACUACAAAUAUCUAGGUGUCUGGUUAGACUGUAAACUCUCCUUCCAGACUCACAUUAAGCAUCUCCAAUCCAAAGUUAAAUCUAGAAUCGGCUUCCUGUUUCGCAACAAAGCCUCCUUCACUCAUGCUGCUAAACAUGCCCUCGUAAAACUGACUAUCCUACCGAUCCUUGAUUUCGGCGAUGUCAUUUACAAAAUAGCUUCCAACACUCUACUCAGCAAAUUGGAUGUAGUCUAUCACAGUGCCAUCCGUUUUGUCACCAAAGCCCCAUAUACUACCCACCAUUGUGACCUGUACGCUCUCGUUGGCUGGCCCUCACUACAUAUUUGUCGCCAAACCCACUGGCUCCAGGUCAUCUAUAAAUCACUUCUAGGCAAAUCCCCGCCUUAUCUUAGCUCAUUGGUCACCAUAGCAACACCCACCCGUAGUAUGCGCUCCAGCAGGUAUAUCUCACUGGUCAUCCCCAAAGCCAACACCUCCUUUUGCCGCCAUUCCUUCCAAUUCUCUGCUGCAAAUGACUGGAACGAACGACAAAAAUCUCUGAAGCUGGAGACACUUAUCUCCCUCAUUAACUUUAAGCAUCAGUUGUCAGAGCAGCUUACCGAUCACUGUACCUGUACACAGCCCAUCUGUAAUUUGCCCACCCAACUACCUCAUCCCCAUAUUGUUAUUUACAUUGUUAUUUAUUUUGCUCAUAUGCACCCCAGUAUCUCUAUUUGCACAUCAUCUUCUGCACAUCUAUCACUCCAGUGUUAAUACUAAAUUGUAAUUAUUUUGCACUAUGGCCUAUUUAUUGCCUUACCUCAAUAACUUACUACAUUUGCACACACUGUAAAUAGAUUGUCUAUUGUGUUAUUGACUGUACGUUUUUGUUUAUUCCAUAUGUAACUCUGUGUUGUUGUUUUUAUUGCACUGCUUUGCUUUAUCAUGGCCAGGUCACAGUUGUAAAUGAGAACUUGUUCUCAACUGGCUUACCUGGUUAAAUAAAGGUGAAAUGUAAAAUAAAAUCAGUCAAUUGAAAUAAAUUGAUUAGGCUCUGAUCUAUGAAUUUCACAUGACUGGCAAUGCAGAUAUGAAUCUGUUGGUCACAGAUACACACCCCUACUUAUUUUUUUUAAAGGUAUCAGAAAAGCAGUCAGUAUCUGGUGUGACCAUCAUUUGCCUCAUACAGCGCAACAUCUCCUUCGCAUAGAGUUGAUCAGGCUGAUUGUGUCCUGUGGAAUGUUGUCCCACUCCUCUUCAAUGUCUGUGCGAAGUUGCUGGAUAUUGGCGGAAACUGGAACAUGCUGUCGAUCCAGAACAUCCCAAACAUGCUCAGUGGGUGACAUGUCUGGUGAGUAUGCAGGCCAUGGAAGAACUGGGAUAUUUUCAGCUUCUAGGAAUUGUGUACAGAUCCUUGCGACAUGGGGUCGUGCAUUAUCAUUCUGAAACAUGAGGUGAUGGCGGCGGAUGAAUGGCAUGACAAUGGGCCUCAGGAUCUUGACACAGUAUCUCUGUGCAUUUAAAUUGCCAUCAAUGAAAUGCAAUUGUGUCCGUUGUCCGUAGCUUAUGCCUGCCCAUACCAUAACCCCACCGCCACCAUGGGGCACUUUGUUAACAAUGUUGGCAUUAGCAAACCACUCACCCACACGACGCCAUACACACUGUCUGCCAUCUGCCCGGUACAGUUGAAACCGGGAUUCCUCCGUGAAGAGCACACUUCUCCAGCAUGCCAUUGGCCAACGAACGUGAGCAUUUGCCCACUGACGUCGGUUACGAUGCCGAACUGCAGACAGGUCAAGACCCUGGUGAGGAUGACGAGCACGCAGAUGAACUUCCCUGAGACGGUUUGUGCAGAAAUUCUUCAGUUGUGCAAACCCACAGUUUCAUCAGCUGUCCGGGUGGCUGGUCUCAGACGAUCCCGCAGGUGAAGAAGCAGGAUGUGGAGGUCCUGGGCUGGCAUGGUUACACGUGGUCUGCGGUUGUGAGGGCAGUUGGACGUCCUGGAAAAUUCUCUAAAAUGACGUUGGAGGCAGUUUAUGGUAGAGAAAUGAACAUUCAAUUCACUGGCAACAGCUCUGGUGGUCAUUCCUGCUGUCAGCAUGCCAAUUGCACACUCCCUCAACUUGAGACAUUUGUGGCAUUGUUUAGUGACACAACUGCACAUUUUAGAGUGGCCUUUUUAUUGUCCCCAGCACAAGGUGCACCUGUGUAAUGAUCAUGCUGUUUAAUUAGCUUCUUGAUAUGCCACACCUGUCGGGGUGGAUUUUAUUAGCAAAGGAGAGAUGCUCACUAACAGGGAUGUAAACAAAUUUGUGCACAAAAUUUGAGCGAAAUAAGCUUUUUUUGCAUAAGGAAAUUGUCUGGGGUCUUUUAUUUCAACUCAUGAAACUUGGGACCAACACUUUACAUGUUGCAUUUUAAAUUUUUGUUCAGUGUACAUGUUUUGAUUGAUCACUGAUUCUUCAUCUAUUCCAUGAAUGUGUGUUUUGCAGGUCCUUCUAUGACCUGUCUCCAGUCCUUCAAUGACCUGUCUCCAGACUAACCCUAAGAUAAACGUUCUGACCAGAACCCACGAGGGUAAGAAGAGACACCUGUACAUGGUCUCCAAGGAGCUACGCAACGUCAUGCUCAACAACAGUGAACGCAUUAAUGUAGGGGUGUAUGUGUGUCUAGUGAGGUGUGCGUUUGUGUGUGAGACACCUGUAUGGUAUCUAAGGAACAAAGCAGCGCCCUGCCAAACAGCUGUGUGUAUGUCACUGCCAGCCCAUCAAGGGGGAGUCUAGUUAACAGAUGGGACCCUUCUCAUCCCAACUCCCCCUAGUACACUCUCAGCACCUGCACAGGUGUCUGUGUGUGUGCCUCCAAGCAGUCAGAUAACCACUCCCUCCCCCUAUUCCUCUGUCUCUCUCCCCCUCUCUUUCUAUGUGUCCCCCCCCCCCCCCCCCCCCCUCAUUUCUCUGAUGUUGUUGUGAUGUUUAGACCUGACCCAGGUUCAGAUCAGCCUCCAGCUAAACAGUAGUAACAGGCUGAGUCUCCAUCACCAGACUGUUCCCAGAACUACAUACAUGCUUACAUGGAUACAUGCAUAUACACUGAGUGUACAAAACAUUAAGAACACCUGCUCUUUCCAUGACAGACUGACCAGGUGAAUCCAAGUGAAAGCUAUGAUCUCUUAUUGAUAACAUCUGUUAAAUCUGCUUAAAUCAGUAUAGAUGAAGGGGAGGAGAUGGGUUAAAGAAUGAUUUUUAAGCCUUGAAACAAUUGAGACAUGGAUUGUGUAUGUGUGCCAUUCAGAGGGUAAAUGGGCAAGACAAAAUAUUAAGUGCCUUUGAAUGGGGUAUAGUAGUAGGUGCCAGGCGCAAUUGGUAAAUAUGUUGCUGAAACUGAUGUUAUUCUCAUAAGCACUGUAAUGAUGAUUUCAUUAUUUUGUGUGUUUUGCAGGUGAUCAACACAGGGGUGAAGGUGUGGUCUCGCAACAGCGACGGGGAGGAGUUUGGCUGUGACUUCAGACUAGCCCAGGAAAUAGGUACACAUAUUAAUAUUCAAGACUUUUAGAAAACAUGGGAAGUGCGCACAUACGGCGGUACACAUGCGGACACACUCAUUCCUCUCUCCCUCUCUCCUCCUCCGUCUCUCCUCCUCCAGGGAAUCUACACUCUGUUCCCUUACAUCCGCUCCAGGAUGAUCACAAUCAGUGUUGAGGACAUCAAGAUUCUACUGACUCAGGAGAACCCGUGCCUCAACAAACUGGAGGAUGACGCUCACCAACAGGCCAAGAAGAUAGGUACAGUCGUGUGUGUUACUAUUUUUCCUUCAAACCCGUCUAUGUUCUGUACUGUGUGGUUGUAGGGUGGUGUUUGUGUGUGUGUUCAUGCAGUGUUCCUCUGUGUUUCUACAGGAAUGGGCAGCAUUGUUCCAAAAUACCGGCCUGAUGGUAGGUAAGUGUCCAUUUUGUUUGUCUGUCUGUCCAUCUGUGUGUGUUAUUCACUGUUAUCAGAGAAUUCACCCUCUUUCUCUCUCUCCCUGUCUCCUCAGUAACCCUGAUGGUCCUCAGUGUCAUAUAGAGCUGUGUGGCUGGAGAGGCAAGACCUCCAUCAGAACUUUUGUAUCCCACAACGAGAGGUUCCACUACCUCUGCAUGCUGGGGGUCGAGGUAUUCCGGGACAAACAGGGCCAGGACCCAGGGAAGUAG